UUACAAGGGUUCCAAUCAAUAAAUUAUUUUAACAAAUGAAAUGACAAAUUUAAUUAAAUUGUAAAAAAAAAAAUAAUACUUUUUAUCUCCAUGUCAUUUUCAAAGCAAUUUUGAAUUUUAUGCAUUGUUCACUAUUUUUUUUCAACUCUUCAUUAAAUUUAAUGUCAUUAAUGAAGUUUUGAAAUAAAUAUAUAUUUAAAGAGUAUUACUGCAAAUCAUUCUAAACAAAGUAUUAUUGCUUAAAAGAAGGAUAUCUAAUGUAUCAGUGAACAUGGCUUCAGUAUGGAAAAGAUUGCAAAGAGUUAACAAAAGAGCAACAAAAUUUCAGUUUACUUUAUCAUAUCAUCAAAUUGUUUGUGAAACUACAUCUAAAUGGACUCCAAGCAAGUUAAUUGUAGUUUUGAGUCGUAGAAGUCGUCGUUUUGUUAGUGAAAUAUUACCUUGGGAACCAACAAUGAAAGAUCCCCUUAGAGGUGUAGUAAUAUGGCCUGUUCCGGAAAAUAAACUACUAUCGAUUACACUAUUUAAAGAUCCUCGAAGUAAUGAACAUGAAGACAAAGAAUGGAAUUUAACUAUAGAAGAUGUAAGCAGUUUAGGAAAACACAGACAAAUUGCAUGUGCUGUUAUAAAUAUGAAAAAAUAUGCAAGUGUCGAUUCUUCACAACAUCAAAUUAUAUUAGAUUUUAAACCAACAUCCAAAAAAAUUACUUCAGCUUCUCUUGAAAUGACUCUAUCUUGUGUGUUUUUAAGAGAAGGAAAAGCUACUGAUGAAGACAUGAUGAGUAUGGCAAGUCUUCUAAGUACAAAUACUAGUGAUAUUGCUCCUCUUGAAGAUUUUGACGAAGAAGACAUUGAAGAUUAUGAAUCUUCUUUUGAUCAAAAUAUAAAUAAUUUAUCACAAAUGACAAAUAAAAUUGAACUUUUAACCAACAGUCUAAGUGACCCAAAUUUUGAAGGUACAUCUGAUAAAGGUAAUAAUUUCUUUACAAAUACAGAAGAAAAUUUUGAUAAGCCUGCUAAUAAUUCUGAAACAUUAGUUAUGAACUUAAAUGCUAAAAAUGUUGAAAAUAUAUCAAACAAGACACAUAUAAGUUCUAAAGAAGUUGAUAAUGAUGUCAAGAAUUCGAGGGCAGCUUUAAAACCAUUAAACUUAAAAGAAGCAAACUCUGAUAACUCAAAAGGUAUUGAAACCACAACACCUGGCCAAGAUCUUCUUGAAUGGUGUAAAGACAUAACUAAAUCUUAUGCUGGUGUUAAAGUUACCAAUUUAACAACAUCAUGGAGAAAUGGUCUUGCAUUUUGUGCUAUAAUACAUAAUUUCCGCCCAGAUUUAAUAGAUUUUGAGUCACUGAAGCCACAUGACAUUAAGGGUAACUGCAAGGCUGCAUUUGAUGCUGGUGAAAUAUUAGGAAUUUCCCGUGUAAUUGAACCAUCAGACAUGGGUGUUCUCACAGUUCCUGAUAAACUAGCAGUUAUGACUUAUUUGUACCAAUUAAGAGCUCAUUUUACUGGGCAUGAGCUAGAAGUUCAACAAAUUGGUAAGACUACAGAUGAAUCAUCAUACAUGGUUGGACGAUUUAAUAAUCCAGAUAAAGAAAUAUCACUUCAAUUAUUUGAAAAAGAAAUAAAAAAUUUUAGAAGUUGUGAUUUAGAUGAAAAAGUGCAACAUUCUAAAAGUACUCUUGACCAUAAUAUUGGUGAUACAAUAAAAGAAUAUUCUCCAGUAUUGGAUGGACUUACUGAUAAAAUUAUGAAUGGCUCUAAAAGUAUUUUUGACAAAGUUCUUUCUCCUUCAAAAGAAAAACUAUCUUUUUUCAAAGAAAAAGGGAAAUCAGUAAUGCUAUCCAAGAAACAACCCACAGAUCCUAAUUCUUCUGAAGAUAACAAUGUUUCUCAUACUUAUGGUGAAAAAAGCAAAAGAUUAACAAGAUCUCAAUCUACAAAUGAGAAUUUAAAAAUAUCUGGAGAUAAAUUUACUGAACCAAAAUCAUUCCAAGAAUCUUCAAAAAAUCAUUCCUCUGACAAACAGAAAAUAACUUCUAACCGACAUAUUGAGUUGAGAGAAAGGGCUCGUCAACUAGUAGAACAAGCAAGGCGAGAAGCUGCUAGAAGAUCACUACCACAAACUCCUAGUCAGAAUGAAGAAGAAAGACAACAACAAGUGAGAGAACGUGCAAGAAAACUUAUUGCGGAAGCUCGUAAAAAUAUAAAUAUUUCUGCUCCAACCACUCCAGUUUCAAGUUUCAAUAAUGGAAGUGCCAGAAAUUCUGUGUCACCUUUAUCUGAUAGAUCUCUAGCAAGCAUUUCUCACCUUGAUAAAUCUUUUAAUUCAAGUAAAAAUAGCAGUACUGUAGCAUUAGACACAGGUAGUCCACAAAAACUACAAUCAUUUUCAUCUUUACUAGAAACUGAUGCAGUAUUAAAAGAAUCUACAAAAAAAGAAAACAAUUAUAUUCAAAAUGAAGUAGAUUCUUUAGAACGUGAACAAAAACAAAUUGAUUGUCAAGCUGAUGAGCUAGAAACUGAAUUAAGGAAAGUUAUGGAUUCAGGGCAUGAUCGUGAAAGAGAAGAAUUUCUUAUGACUGAAUGGUUUACAUUGGUUAACAAAAAAAAUGCUCUUAUUCGUCGACAAAUGCAACUAAACAUUUUAGAAAAAGAAGAUGACUUGGAAAAAAGAUAUCAGUUACUUAUAAAAGAUUUACGAAGCAUAAUUUCUAUUGAAGAUUGGCAAAAAACUGAAGAUCAAAAACGGCGCGAGACCUUGUUGCUGGCUGAACUAGUGACUAUUGUUAAUAAACGUGAUGAAUUAGUUCAUCAUUUAGAUUCCCAAGAAAAAGCAAUUGAAGAAGAUGAUCAAAUAGUACUUGAAUUAAACAGGUCUGGGUUUUCUCAUCAUAACAAAAAUUGUGUUAUUCAAUAAUAAAUUUUUUAUAUUGUUUUUAAAUUAUACUUUUUUAAAACUUUAUCUUGUGAUUAUUAAUUUAUUUUAUAGUAGUAUUAUAAAAAAAACUCUUCUUAAUAUUUCUGUUAUUUUGUUGUUAAGCUAUAGACUUCAUUUUUUAUUUGAUGUGAUCAUUACAAGUUAAUCAAUAAAAUGUGAUUUUUUUUUAGUACAAAAUGUACCAUUUAGGAUGAUUCCUUAACUAU